CCGGCGGCAGUGCACUCCGGCAUCGACUGACGCAGAGUGGACGAACGUCACGUGACACGGAAGUGACUCCGAACAGGAAGAGGACGAGAAAAAUAACCGUCCGCGACGCCGAGUGGAAGCGGACUCAGAGCCACCAUGAACAGCAAAGGUCAAUAUCCAACACAGCCUACCUACCCUGUGCAACCUCCUGGGAAUCCAGUAUAUCCCCAGACCUUACAUCUUCCUCAGGCUCCACCCUAUACUGAUGCUCCACCUGCAUACUCAGAGCUCUAUCGUCCAAGCUUUGUUCAUCCAGGGGCUGCCACAGUCCCCACCAUGUCAGCUGCAUUUCCUGGCGCCUCACUGUAUCUGCCUAUGGCCCAGUCUGUGGCUGUUGGGCCUUUAGGCUCCACAAUCCCCAUGGCUUAUUAUCCAGUUGGUCCCAUCUAUCCACCUGCCUCCACCUCCUGGAUGCCCUCCCAACGCUGCUCAGCUUGCAGUCAUGCAGGGAGCCAACGUCCUUGUAACUCAGCGCAAGGGAAACUUCUUCAUGGGUGGCUCAGAUGGUGGCUACACCAUUUGGUGAGGAAACGUCGCCACUCCUGUGCCGGGGAAGACAUCAUAUACCUUCAGCACUUCUCACAAUGUAACUGCUUUAGUCAUAUUAACCUGAAGUUGCAGUUUAGACACAUGUUUUUGGGGUGUCUUUCUGGUGUCCAAACUUUGAGGCACUUUUCAAAUUUAAUAAGGAACCAUGUAAGGAUAGCAGUCCCUCCCUAAAGCAUUCUGAGGUAGGGAGGUAUCCAUUCUUCAAAUGAAUGUGAGUGAAACAGCCCCAAGGCUCUUCCUUAAUUCCUCUGGAGUGAUGCUGUGCCAUGCUGGUCUUUGCUUCUAGUAAUAAAACAUCAAAUUAGGUUUGGAGGGAACUUUGAUAUUCCUAAGAAUUAAAGUUGCCAAAUUAUUCUGAUUAGUCUUUAAUCUCCUUAAGUCUUUGAUUUAUCUUACUUGUUAAAUGAAACGCAUUAGCUGUCUGCCUUUUCCUUCCCAUCCUCUGCCCCACCUGUCCCUACUCUUCCACCCACUCCCAUCGAUGUCCAUCGAAUCAGUGGUGCAGGACCGAAAGCCAGUCAGACUCAGCCCCUUGUCUCCCUGCACCUGUCCCACUUGACAUUUUUAACUCGUCUUUCAUAAGGAUCCUUUGAAGCCCCGUGUGUCCCGAGCACAAACUCCAUUUCUUCGGGUUUUGUAUAUCUCCAGGCAAGGUGAAGGGUACUUUUUGGACCCGCCUCAUAAACCAUCACUGUAUCAUCAUGAACCCAGACUAGCUGUGGUGCCAGAAACCUGAACUUAAACAACAGUUUUAGUGUAAACUGUC